AUGGCAUUUUCACUUGCCAUCUGCGACGCAUACCUCCUGGCGUGGAACGUAGCGCAGGUUCUAACAAGGGGCCGUAAGUCAGCACCGAGAGAGUUCCAUGAAUUAGAGGACCAGCUCUAUUCUCUGGUCGCCGCUCUGACAGCCUUGAAAAAUGCGUUUGACAAUCAGGACAUCCCCAACUCAACAGGAGACAGUUCCGCGCCUCAAACUGAUCUUCUCGAAGAAGAAGUCAUCGGUGAAACUUUGAAAAAGGUCCUGGCGAGUUGCGGCGGAACAUUGAAGCAUUUGGAGGAAACAGUGAAAAAAUAUGGUGCCAUGGUUGAACCACAGGAUGUGAACGGAACAACAGUUAGCAAAUGGGCACAGGGGUUGGCUAAAGACUAUAAAAAGAUCGCCUGGACGACAGAGAAGGGGAAUCUAGACUCGCUGAGAAGUCAAAUAAUGAUUCAUACCAACAGCUUGGAUCUGAUUCUAGGGGUGAUAAGCAACUCUCGCACAAAGCGCAUCGAAAGAAUCCUACACGAAAACUCUCAUAUGAUGAAGGAAAUAUAUGAUUGGUUCAACGAUAGCAUGAAACAUACUGGUAUCGAGGUCCACGGAAUAACCCAUCGUCCACCGGCGACACCCAACCCGGCUCCUCCUGCAACUACCUUCGAAGUCUGUCUCGGCCAAGAUAUGGGUGGAACAAGAGUGAUCUGUUCCCGUGCGAGCCUCCAUAAACACUGGAAUUUGGGGAUUUCAAAAGAAAAUUUAGAUGAUCAAUAUCCCUUGUUCACUUGUCAUUGCAGCUUAUCAUCAGGGGCAAAUCAGGGCGAUCACUCCUCCGCGCUUUCUAUAUAUGCACUUUCUCCAUUCACAUUCCCCUUCAGCCUAGUUGGGUCACAGAAAUCAUGGAUGCUUUACAAGGUUGCUGAUACUUUGCAUAACACAAUGGUGGAAAUCAUCAUGCGAAACGUAGCGUUGAACUACAUACAAGAGUUUGAGCAGACGUUUAUUCGUACACUUUCUGAAGCCAAAGCAGAGCUCAUGUUUUCGCGAAGUAUGAACAACAUGCUCGCUCACAUCGAGCCCCACACGCAACAAGCUUACGUAUUGAACUUGCGAGGUAACGUAAGCAGCGCAGGAGAGGACUUUGAGUCCAUUACGUUUACUGUAGGUACCAGGACCUACAAGAGGAGCAUGAUCAAGGGUGUCGACCUUCUACACUACAGAGCUGUGCAACCUGAGUCCAGAUCGCCCUCAAGCACUCCUGAAAUUCGAAGUCCGUUCUGUGACUAUGCCGAAAUUAUUGUGUUCUAUGAUGAGACUGAGGACGCGACACUUGGAGAUAUCUCACGGAACCUUCUUCAAGUAAGAAGCAAUACAUCCAUGUCGUUCUCUAAGCAAGAGGCUUCAGUCACAAUUCGAAAGGUCAAGUGUCUGGGGUACUCCAACGAGGCUUGUAUCAGCACGAUUGAAAGCGUUGAUGUCAAUCUGCAAUUUGCUAGAACAGAAACGGCGCGCGACUUCCACGACAAACUCGAGGCCAUGCGCUUGGAACUUUUUGCCCUCAGCCUAGAGUACCCGCAGAAAGAAGAGAAUGUUGUCUUACAUCUGUGA